AAAGAGGAUGUGGCGGUUCUGACCGUGGCGGCGGCGGCGGUAGCAGCAGCAGCAGACGACGCCGGGCGAAGAACCUAGGGACGUUUCUGUCGCGCUGCAUGCCGGGAGACAAUGGACUAAGUGGGAGUUGGGCUGGACCAAGGCGCUGCUUCUUGUGGGGGGGGCGGGCAUCUCUGGAGUGAAGGAGGCGGGGGGCAGUUCCAGAUGGAUUCGCCCUGAUGGCGGUUGCCGCGGGAGGCCCCGAGUAGCCCUCCGAGCCCCGUCUGGCCUGGCCAUGCCCGGCCCAGCUGCCCCUGCAGGAGGCCUGAGGUAAGAAAUGCCGCUGCUUCCGCCGUCGCCGCUCUCGGGUCGCUCCGGGGCUCGACAGCCGGGAAGGUAAGGCGGAGCCUCCCAGCCCGGCGGCGUCCGCCGACCACCCCGCACUUUCUGGGGGCGGGAAGCGGCCUCUUUCCUCCUCGCUUCUCUGGUCUCUUCUUAAACCCCCCCCCCUUAUUUACCAGGCAGGCUUCUCCAUGGAAACGGGCCCGUCCUACGAAACACGGGCCCGUGGGUCUCCCGUUAAAAUAAGGGGGGGCUCGCCAUGAAAAGGAAGCGUCUGCGGGGUGGGGAGAACUUUGUAACUUCUCGCCAUCUGUGGGGAUUGUGUCCUGUUGACUUGGGAAAAACACGCGAGGAGGCGGCGGGGCUGUGUGGGCUAAGAAAGUAGAGGUAAGGUAUUUAAACACUUAUUUACACACACACACACCCCCGCUCUUCAAAGUUAAAAAUGUGAGAGAAGGUGGUGGGAGAAAGAGGAGGUAAGAUAAGGAAACAAUUUCCUUUUCCCCUCAGUGAGGGACCAUUUCUCUCCCCCUCCUCCAUUCCUCUUCAGAGUUAGGGGAAAGAAACCACAAGGAUAUUGUUGGCACUUUUGAGACUCCUGGUUCAAAUAACUUUCGUUGUGUAUUAGCCCCGUUUUAGGUUGUGACUUGAAGAACUUCAUUUCAGUAUGGUGCUGCUUAUUGGCUUUUGUGAUAAUGAGCCCUGAAGAGCAUAAUGGAAUAUUAUAAAACUGUAAUGACUGGGUGUUCCAGUUUUCAGGGUAGUAUUGUUUUUAAAGUACAACAACUGUUAGGUUUGAAUGGCUUUUAUAUCUUACUCCAGUCCAUUAAAUGACAUUUAUAUCUUACUUCAGUUCAUUGUUCCUUAAGAUUUUGAUUUACCGGUAAGUUUCUACUUGGGCUAAAACAUGACAUUUUAAUAUUUCUCACCACUGUAAACAAAGGAAAAUAGUUUGUGUCUCUUGGUAGAGAACAACAUGGCUGUCUAACAAUCAAAUUUCCUGUGAAGUACACUUUACGAUUUUGUUGACAACAAUAAUUCAUUGUUGGGGUUUUGAAAAGCUGGUCUAGGUUCUUCUUUUCUCACCAUCCUGAGGUUUUUUUUUAAUAUGCUAUUUCUAUCUAACACACACACAGAGAGAGAGAGAGAGAAACACAAAUAUUUAGUUACUGUGGCAGAAAGAAUUCACAUAUGAACUUGCUGUAAGAGAUCAGGCAUUAUUUAUACUGUAUUGUUUGUUUUAAAACCUUAAUUUGUGACCAAAGUUGGAGUAUGGGGAAUGUAAUAAAUAUUGCCAUAGUGUAGUUGUAACAACCAAAUUAUGACUAACUAUUUUAAUAUGGCAAAACUAAUCGCUAAUUUAGACGCAUGUGACAGUGAAAUGGAUGCUUCCAGGUCAACAAUAGAAAAGUUCCAGCAUGAAUAAUGUGUAAGAAGGCUUUAAUAUUUAAAAUAGGUAAGGACACUCCAGAGCACAUGGUAUGCCAUUGGGCCGUGAGGCUGACAUAACACUCAUGUGACUUUGUCCUAGGUGGCUUGUUUUCUUUAAUGUAAUGCCUAUUGCUAUUUGUUUAUAUAAACAGCUACUUAAUAGUGUGUUUAAGACAGUAUUCACUGUCGUAAUACUGCAGGGUUUUUGUUUAAAAGAGAAAGGAGAAGCUUUUGAACACACACAACCUCUCUUAUUAGGAUUAAUUUCCACAAAUGUAUUUAUUUUAGAGUUUUUUUGUUUUAAAUGCUUUCCAGGGCAAGGGUUCUUUCAAGAUAGCUUACAGUCCAUAUAAUAACAGAAUACAGCAGAAUAAUUUUAUCAAUAGAAGCAUUGAAAGAACUUUUGAAAAACAACAUAGAAUAAAAAUAGAUACAGUGAGAAUCAAGAUAAAUAUUCCCCAUAAUUGUUUCACAUUACCUGAGAUAGUGCUUACAGUUUGUUCUUGGAUACUUCUCUGAUGGCUCAAGUGGCAUUUUUAGUUUCUUGUGCUUAAGAAAAUAUUAAGCAUUUGCAGUUAAGCACAUGCCCAUAUGAUGUGAAACUCAGUUUUCCAAGAAGAAAGUUUCCACAUGGGACCAUUUGGACCUUAUGGCUUGGCCCUCCAUCCAGAUGUAGUGGACUGCUGCACUCUGGACUACACUGUGCACUGUUUUCAGUUCCCAAUGCCAAACAGGCAUUGGAAAAGGAACAUUAAGAGAAGGGAGAAAGCCUACAAAAUUAUAAGCUAUUUCCUUCUCUUUCAUGCUAUAGAGCAGAGAUAGGUUGAAUUUAGUUUUUCCAUUCCAGCAUUCUGAUAUUACAAAGAGCCCUUCUAGAGCAGGCCAACAGGUGCAUCAGCUAUAGCAUCCUGUUACCAUAGUGCCCAAUCAGGUGCCUGUGGGAUAAGCAGGAUGUGAGCACAAAAGCACUGUCCCAACUUCUGAUUCCCAUCAUCUAUUCCUGAAUGGCAUACUGCCUCUGACAGUGGAGAUAAAUCAUAGUCAUCCUUAUAGUAUUGAUGGCCUUGUUAUCCAAAAAUGUGUCUAAUCACCUUUUAAAGCCAUCCAAGUUGGGGGCCAUAACAUCUUGGUGGAGUGAAUUUCAUAGUUUCAUUAUGUGCAGUGUGAAGAAAUGCUUUCUUUUGUCAGUCUUGGGUGCACAUGGGAUGACUUGAGGCCUCUAUUAUUAAGCUUCUGUGUCUGACUAUUGUCAAGGUAAUGGGCAGUAUCCAGCUAAACAGUUCUGCUAGCACAAGAACUUUUGACUUCACAACAGAACUUCCUUUUCUCUUUCUGCAUAUCCCCUAAAUAUGUUCAGGGGCUUUCCCCAACCCUCUGUUGCUGAUUUAAGUGAUAGUGAGGGGAAGUUCCAUUGUGCAGCCCAAAGUACUUGUGCCUGUGGAGCAGUUUAGUUGGGUACUAGGCCUGGGAGUUAUAUUGACAUCCCGCCCAGGACUGGUGUGAGGGGCAGACCGUAAUGACAGCUUCACUCAGCUGUUGACUGUUGAGCAGGUUGAGCACAGUAACAGAAGCAUCUGCGGUUGAAAACUGAUAGUUUUUAUUGAAAGAUAGACGGAUUAUGUACAAAAACAGAAUUCUCUCACUUUGUUCUACCCACCACCUUGCUGUUCUCUCACUGCAGAUUUCUCUCACUUCUCACUUCAGAGUGCAACUGCCUGCUCCAAACUGAGAGCAAGUUCCCUUUAUCUCAACUCAACUCCCAAUGUCCUUGAACCUAGACAUAACAACAGGUGUAUUUGCCCUAAGCCAAUUAACUGUUGCUGAAGGUGCUGAAGGUGUAUUUGCCCUACUCCCAAUUAACUGUUGCUGAAGGUAUGGUAUAUUGCUGGUGAAGCCAUCGCAGCUCCUGAGUCCAUCUGCCUCCAGUGCCCAGCGCGCUGAAGGAGAAACAAGCUGUAGACGGGCGCUGCAGACAGAGGGACUCAGGAGAGGCAGAGGUUUCACCAGUGAUGUACUGCUGAAUGAAACCACCAUCUGAAACCGCCAUCGCGGUCUGCCCUCAUACUGGCAGAGGGAGAAACCAGCUGCAUCGGCGAGACACCGAUACAGCUUCUUCCUCUCUCAGUUUCUUUAAACUGUUUGGCUGAGGAGCACGCCGCUGCCCUUGCCUCAGCCAAGCAGUUUUAUGGAGCCCCCAAACCACCACUGGCUCACACAAGCCAGCGGUGUGGUGGAGGCUCCGUUAAAGUGCCUCCCCCCAGCUAAGAGACCCCUGCUCCUGCUUAUAUGCAAGCAGGAGCAGGAGCAUGGCUGCUCAACUGAGGAGGUGUGGGCUCUGUCACCCUUUUCCACCGCUGCUAUCCACUCUCCAGUGGAGAAGGUUAAAGGAACCGCAGGUGAGCAGCAGACUGGUGAGAGCUGAUGCAGUUUUUCCCUGCUUCUCCCAGGCUAGAGCCAGUGCAGCUUGUUCAGUAUCAUGGUUUAUCACCAAACCAUGAUGUUUGGCUGAUGAUAAAUCACGAUGUUGAAAAUCUAACGUCGCUCAGCCCUAUUGGAUACUGCCCGAUACUUUUGUAUAGGUAGCUGCCCCAUAUUUUUGUAUAUGGUACACUGAUUUCUAUCCCUUGCAAAUAAAAUGUGCUUUGUACAAAAAUAUAAGGGUUUUGUUUUUCUCUUUUUUUCAGCUACACUUACAGUCCGAUAUUUUUCUAUAUCGCAGGACAGCGUUGCCUAUUAGGAUCAUUUGCUCACAUUCGUUGGUAGAAGUUUUCUUCUACAGCAGUUACUUGGGGGGAAUAAUUAUCAUAAAAGCAAAAUUGGCUAUCGAUUCCUGCCAGUUGCAUAUUGCCAUGGGCUCUGCCUGGAUGGAGUUUGUGUGGCUAUAAUUCCACAAGAUGUUCCACUUUAAAAUGGAGCGUUGUUGAACUGAAGCAGACAACUGCUAAAGAAAUGUAAUAUCCUGUGUUCAUGUUUCCAUUACAAGUGACUGGAGGACAGUGGUAAUGAUUUCAACACUUCGAGUUUAUACAGUGAUGGUUUAGAUAGAAUCUAGUGAUACAUUAUAGAUGAGGUAAGCUUAUGCUGGCUAGGCUAAGAACAGCAUGACUUGUUUCUUUGUAUGUGUAUAUCACUCAUAAAUCUAAAACUUAGUAAAUUGAGAAGUAAAUUUUAAGCCUUGAUGUCUGUCAAAGAAAACUGUUUUAACCCAUCAACAUGAAGUACCGUAUUUACUAACGUGCGCCUUUUUUGCCAAAUUAUGUUGCGAAAAUUAGCCAUUGGGAGGACCAGGCUCAAAUUUCUCGCCUCUCGAUCCCUCAGCAAACCUUGCUUCUCCCCCUUCUCUAUUCCCCCUCCACUCUCUCCCCUGGAGGACUGGUGAGAAUUGUUGUUGGAAAAGACCAAAGUGAACUGCCCUGAGACCUUUGGGAAUAAUAAUAAUAAUAAUAAUAAUAGGAUUUUGUCUCAUGGGUAGUGUAAGGAUAAGCAGUUCUGUGGACUGUGAUUUUGAGUCUGAGUUCCACCAAGUUCCACACUUGGACCCCUUCAGUCUGUUUCUGAUGCCUCAAUUUCUGAUGCCAAGAUGCUUCUGCUUUAAAGCUGUUUAGGGCACAGAAAUUCUACUGUAUAGGAAAUAGCUGCAAGAACUCAUAUGCAUACCUGUCUGUGAUUGAGGUGUAUUUGCGUGGAUACAUUUGAUAAGUAUUGAAGUUUGAUCUUGGUUGACUGUUUCCACUAGAGAGUUAAUGCAAGAGAAUAAAUUAUGUAAAGCUCAUCUGAAAACUAGUGAAUGAAACUUUACAAAAGAUAACUUUAAGAAUAUCAGAUUUUAGAUUAGGUUACUGAUAAGACUUGCAAUUUUAAUAUACCUAAACUGAAAUAAUUAAUGGUUAAUAUUGAGCAUACUUCCCUUCUUCUGCACUAUCUCACUCCCUCUUCAGCUCCUUGUAUCCCAUCAGUUGCUCUGGAGGGUUGACAGACCUCCAUAGCAGAUUUAGAAAGGGGAGGGGCUGACAGUGUUUGAAAUUAGCCAGGUGCCAGGUGUGUUUUACUACUGGCAUGAGUCCAGUUGUGACAUUGGAGAUUUAUGGGUACCCGGUUGGCAAUCACAGUUCAAAAACCUCUGCCUUACUCGAUAGUUAAUACUGUUUCCACCGUGUGUGUUUCUCCCUGCAUACAGGGACAAGUGAAUUAUUGUAAGAGCAAUAUAUCUCUGUAUUUCUAUAGUCAAGCAAUGUAGUUGAGAUCAUAGAACAUAGGGACCCCAAGAGUUAUUUAGUCCUGGCAAAUAGACAUUCUGAUGUGGUGACCACAACCUAGAUUCAAGGUGCCAUUAUGCGCCUAGCUUGUAUACCUGAGUUUCUAACACAGGGGACUGAAGAGGGGAAGCCCCUUGCACUUGCUCUCAUGAUCUUGAUUGUGGUAGUACUUUAUGCAAAAAUACUAGGAGAUGAGCACAGCAAAUUAAACUUAAAAUAGAAACUUAAAAUUUCUAUUUAAGUUUUUCUGAAACAUUUCUGAAAUAUAAUGUUUAUCUGGUAUAGGUAAUUAAAGCAAAUUAAUGUUUAAGUCAAGAAGUAAUAUGUAUUGCAUAUGGAAAGCGACUUUUAAAUCAAGGAUACCUUUGUGUUAUAUGCCUUUGAGCUGUUCUGAAUGGAUUUGCACAGUGAAAUUUCCUUGCAGUAGCUAUUUCCAUUUAUUAUUGAGUGUGAAGAAAUGAGAGCUGUCCAGAAGAAAAACAUUUCAAUGCUUUAGAGAGAUAAGGAUUGUUUCUGGUAGUUAUGUGCAGUUUUCAUGUGAAAUGGCUAAAUAAAUAAAUAUGCCCGAGCAACAGUUUAGAGGUUGAAUAGUCAAGGACAAAUUCCAUUACCUUUCAUUAAGAAGAAAAAUGUGAAGCUGCCAGAAACCUGGUUUAGUUCAACCCUUAAACCAUAGCAACAGCUGCUUCUCCUAUUCUAACUCCCCGCCCUUCCCCAAAGUAGAAACAUUUAAUAUAGUUUCUUUAAAAACACUGAAGAUGUAGUUGUGCUCAAAUUUAUGUUUCCAUAGUUGUCUGAACUAUGGAACUGGGUCGUGGUUUCAAGCCCCAUGUUGGGCAAAAGAUCCUUGCCUGGCAGGGGGCUGGACCAGAAGACCCUUGCAGUCUACAAGCUCUACAAGCCUAUGAUUCUAUGUCUUUGAGAGUGUGAGCUUUCAGAGUGGAAGCUUGCUGCUCAUACACUAAGGUUCUGAAUCUGGCAGCUCCCAGUACUUUAUAAGUAGAAAUAUAAAAAUAUAGUAAGCAAAUUAAAUUUAUAACUUGACCUGUUGAUUCAAGUGGGUCAUAUAAACAGGCUACAUGUAUGCGAGAAGUGUAUUCCAAUUCUGAACCACAUAAUUCAAAAAUCACUAUAUGAGGUGUGGAAUAGAUAUAAGAAUUUAUUAGAAUGCCAAACACCAUGGUGGCUGUCCCCGUUAGAGGCUACAACUGUAAAAAAGUUAAAUAUGGGGGGGGGACUGGGCCACUUAUGGUGAUUUGCUGAUUGAAAGAGAUAAUCAGUGGAAAUUAAGACCAUAUGAGGAAAUAAAAAAAUUGGUAAAUGAUUGGUUGCAUUAUCAUCAAAUAAAUGAAAUGUUUAGAGAGGACAAAAAGAAAAAUGGAUUUGAAUAUACAAUAUCCAGGUUUGAAUUAGAUUUAUUGAGUAAUAAAGUAAAAGUAUUGUCAAAGAUAAUAAUAAUAAUAAUAAUAAUAAUAAAUUUUAUUUAUAUCCCGCCCUCCCCAGCCAAAGCCAGGCUCAGGGCGGCUAACAACAAAUAAAUAAUCAAACAAUUAAAUAGUCCAACAUUCUAAAACAUUUCAUUAUAAAAAUUAAUUAAAAUCAAAUUAAUGGCAACCGUUGAGCAAAGUUCUGUGUAGGUUGCCGGAGGUGGGAGUCAGGCUGGGCCCUGACCAAAGGCCUGGUGGAACAACUCUGUCUUGCAGGCCUUGCGGAAAGAUGUCAGGUCCCGCAGGGCCCUAGUCUCUUGUGACAGAGCGUUCCACCAGAUUGGAGCCGCAGCCGAGAAAGCCCUGGCUCUAGUUGAGGCCAGCCUAACCUCUCUGAGGCCUGGGACCUUCAGGAUGUUUUUAUUUGCAGACCGUAGGUUCCUCUGUGGGGCAUACCAGGAGAGGCGGUCCCGUAGGUACGAGGGUCCUAGGCCGUAUAGGGCUUUAAAGGUUAAAACCAGCACCUUAAACCUGAUCCUGUACUCCACCGGGAGCCAGUGCAGCUGGUAUAGUACCGGAUGAAUGUGAUCUCGCAGCGAAGACCCCAUAAGGAGUCUCGCCGCGGCAUUCUGCACCCGCUGGAGUUUCUGGGUCAGUCUCAAGGGCAGCCCCACGUAGAGCGAGUUACAAUAAUCCAGUCUGGAGGUGACCGUCGCGUGGAUCACAGUGGCUAGGUCAGGGCGAGAGAGAUAAGGGGCCAACUGCUUAGCUUGGCGGAGAUGAAAAAAUGCCGCCUUUGUUAUAGCUGUAAUCUGCGCCUCCAUAGAGAGGAGGUAUCGAAGAUUACACCCAAACUCUUAACGGACGGUGCUGGCACUAAUUGCACCCCCGCAAGAGAUGGGAGUUGCCCCCAAUCCCAUAUCGUCCCGUCCCAGCCAGAGGACCUCUGUCUUCGAAGGAUUUAACUUCAACCGGCUUCCGCGUAACCAUCCAGCCACAGCUUCCAAACAUCUGGUCAGUGUGUCUGGGGCCGAGUCAGGAUGGCCAUCCAUCAACAGAUAGAGUUGGGUGUCAUCGGCAUACUGAUGGCAACCCAGCCCAAAACUCCGGACAAGCUGGGCGGGCGCAUAAAGAUGUUAAAAGCAUCGGGAGAGUAUUGCACCCUGAGGCACUCCACACACCAAGGAGUGGCGGGAUGACAAUUCCCCCCCAAGCGCCACCCUCUGUCCCCGACCGGAGAGAAACGAGCGCAGCCAUUGAAGGACUGUGCCCUGGAUCCCCACGUCGGCAAGGCGGUGGUCCAGGAGUUCGUGAUCAACCAUGUCGAAGGCUGCUGACAGAUCUAGAAGAAUCAGCAGCCCCGACCCGCCUCGAUCCAGCUGCCUACGGAGAUCAUCUGUUAGGGCGACCAGAGCCGUCUCGGUCCCAUGACCAGCGCGGAAGCCAGACUGGAAUGGAUCUAGAUGCAUAAGCUACCAUAUUUUUCGCCCUAUAAGGCGCACUGGCCCAUAGGACGCACCUCGUUUUUUGGGGGGGGAAUGAAUUAAAAAAAUUUAUCCCCCCCCCCCUGCCGCAGGGCUGGGGCAGGGGAAGCCCGAGCUUCCCCCGACCCCAGCCCCCAGAACAGGCUGCCGCCCCAAGCCUUGCGCGCCCGGCGGGACAUUCUGCUGGGCGCGCAAGGCUUGCGGACACCUGCCCGAAGCACGGGGCGUCCUCCGGAGGGCGCUUCGGGCUGCUGGCUGCCGCCCCAAGCCUCGGCUUGCGGAUAGCUUCCUGAAGCGCGGAGAGCGAGAGGGGUCGGUGCGCACCGACGCCUCUCGCUCUCCACGCUUCAGCGAAAGCCUGCAUUCGCCCCAUAGGACGCACACACAUUUCCCCUUCAUUUUUGGAGGGGAAAAAGUGCGUCGUAUAGGGCGAAAAAUACGGUACUUCUGGAUUGGCAUGUAAAAGAUGAAGAGGUUAAAUCUGUUAUGAUUCAUUGGGCAAAAGAUAUUGGUUAUAAUAUACAGUUAGAAGAUUGGGUAAGAUUAUGGAAAGAGGGAAUAAAUUUUACGGCCUGAGUUCGCUUAAAGAAAAUGUAAUGAAAAUGAUGUACAGAUGGUAUAUAAUGCCAGUAAAAUUAGCAAAAAUGUAUAGAACAAAUAAUGUUGUAAAUGUAAAGAAAAAGAAGGUACCUUUUAUCAUAUGUGGUGGGUUUGUAAGAAAGUAAAGGCGUUUUGGGAAAUGAUAUAUAAUGAACUUUAAAAAAUGUUGAAAUAUACAUUUACAAAAAAAGGAAGCCUUUCUAUGAGGUAUCAUAGGAAGAGAAAUUUGUAAGCAGAGUAAAACAUUGUUUUUAUAUGCAACAACUGCAGCGAGAAUACUAUUAGCCCAAGGAUGGAAGCAAGAAGAAUUACCAACCAAAGAAGAGUGGCAGAUGAAAUUAUUAGACUAUGCCAAAUUGGCAAAAUUGACUGGGAAAAUUCAGAACCAGCAGGACCAGACUUUCCUGAAAGACUGGAAUAAAUUUAUGUUGUAUUUGAAAGACAGCUGUCAACAAUUGACAUCGUUAGUAGGGUUACAAGAAGUUUUGUAAGGAUAAAUUAUCAUUUAUUAUUAAGAUUGGUUUAAUUUUUAAAAUAAAAGUAGAUUUAAUAAUAAUAAAAUACAAUUAAAUGCAGGAUUAGAAAAUAAGCUUGAAAACCAUUCCCGUGGGGGGGGGGGGGGAGUCUCAGGCUUAUGUAGCCCAAUGAAUGAAUGAAUUUAUUAAUACGGUCACAGACCAGCGUCAACACACACAAUAUCACAGAUCAUUAAAAAAUAAAAUAAAAUAAAAUCAGAAAUACAGAGGACAAUAUGAGUAUAACAAGGAUUUAAAUAUAAAAAAUUAAAAUUAAUUAUUAGCGUGCCCCCUGUAAUUAACAUUUGGGGGUUUGGUCAUUAUGGGAUACCACUUGCUUCCUGCGAUUAAUUGCAGACGCACAGAAUUUGGCUACAUUUGAUGUAGUCUUGGGAUUCUUGUCCUCUAGCAGUAGUUUUAAACUAUGGUGUUCCGAUUCUUUCCUGGACUUUUGCAAAACAGGUGUAAUAAAAGUCAAACGUAUAUCCUCAUAAAGACGACAACGUAAUAGUACAUGUGAAGCAGUUUCAACUUCCAACGAGCCACAGGGGCAAACCCGUGCUGUGUAUGGUUUACCCUCAAAUCUGCCCUGAUGGCGGCUAGGGAGCGGCAGCCUCACGCUGCUCUCUGAGGUUGCAGACAGUUACAGCUUAAUAUUGCCAAAUGUUUAUGGUGUUACAUAAUAAUGUUGUUGUGUUUGAAAAAAUGUAAAAACCAAUAAAAAAUAUUAUAUAAAAAGAAGUGUAUUCCAAAAUCCAAGAAGUCUAUUAUAGUAUUGAGAUGAGGGUAGGGAUGAAGGGGGGUUGGAGAAGAAUUUCACUUGUGAUCAUGUUUAGCUCUUGGCUUUUGAAGGCAUAUGAGUAAACUUGUUUACAAGUAGCUUUCACUUCAAAGACAGGCACUUUUGUUGUUAUGAGUAAUUGUAAUGCUUAUUACAUAACUCCUGUAAGGAAAACAUUUGAACAAGUAGAAAAAGAUGGGGGGUUUACUUUAAGUUGUGAGUUUGCUUUAGCUCUAUUAUAGAUGCAUCUUUUGCUGACUUAGUAUAUGAAAUUUUCUGCAGGUUGAAUUAUUAUUGGAUGAAGUCAUUAAUAAUAAGAAACUCUGAUUAACAUUAAUAUAUUUGGGGCUAGAGAUUCAAGUUAACCAUGUUUAAAUAGCAUAACUCAGUGAAUUCCAAGAGAACUCUAGUGUUUCAAAGCAUUUCUGAGGAGAACACAAAAUUACAACAUUCAGGAGUCCUGGGUCAUUGUGACUUGCAGAACUGGGCAGGGUGGUUUGAAUUUUAAACGGUUUUUCUUUGUCCUUUGUAUACAUUUUAUUUGUCAAGGGGUUGGCUCUAGUACUGAAAGUAUAUUAAAUGCUUUGAAAUGAAAUGUGGUGCAUACUCACUAGAAAUCCUUUGUACAGACAACAUAUUGCACUAAUUGUCAUAAUUGGCAGGAGAAGGGAGUACUCCUGCUCUACAUGUUUUCAUUAUCUGAAUGAGGCAUACCAAUGAUUUUUUACUGCUGUUACAGUAACCUUAUUAAGUAAGAAGGACAUGGGGAAUGAGUUGCUUUUGUGUGUGUGUGUGUGUGUGUGUGUGUGUGUGUAUAUAUAUAUAUACACACUAUAUAUAUAAACUUUUUAGGCUUCAUAGUCAAAAGUAACACCACAGAUCUAUUGUUGUCAGUGCACACUUCUAAGGAAGGGCUUCAGCUGUGGUAUCCUCCAGAAGGUCUGGCUUAUUGUUAGCUUGCAAACACAGUCAGUGACAAGAACCUGGGAGAGAAGGAUGGAAUGUUAGGAAACAAAUAUGUGUAUACUGUAAUAUAAAAAUUAAGUAACUUCUGCUUUAACAGGUUAGGGCAAAACAAUAUGGCAGCCUUGUUUACUUUCUUACAAAAUUCUCAUUUUUAACACCAUGUACUUCAACAUUAUUUCUGUAUGAGCCAUGUGUGCUGCUCCAGCAGUAGUAAAAACAAUCUGGGCUUCUGUUGCAUGUAUCUUGACUUUUUCCAGCUUCAGCAGGAGCGUGCCUGCCAUUAUAGGCAAAGCACUACCACCCAUGUGUACAAGGAAGGCAGUGGCAAAACUAUAAACUUCACUGAGUGCAAAUAUAUUAUCUUUGCACAGUAAAGGUUGAACUGAAGCUAAUAGUGGAUAACACUUUGGAUCUGUUGUAGCUUUAAUUUUAUCUGUCGUUGCAGGUUGGGCUGAGAUAUUAGUAUACAACAACUUGCAGUACACUUGGCUGAACUGAGAGAUAAUAGCUUGUAGUAGUAGUUGUUGUUGUUUAGUCGUGUCCGACUCUUCGUGACCCCAUGGAACAGAGCGCGCCAGGCACUCCUGUCUUCCACUGCCUCCCGCAGUUUGGUCAAACUCAUCUUAGCUUUGAGAACACUGUCCAACCAUCUCGUCUUCUGUUGUCCCCUUCUCCUUGUGCCCUCAAACUUUCCCAACAUCAGGGUCUUUCCCAGGGAGUCUUCUCUUCUCAUGAGGUGACCAAAGUAUUGGAGCCUCAGCUUCAGGAUCUGUCCUUCCAGUGAGCACUCAGGGCUAAUUUCCUUAAGAGUGGGUAUGUUUGAUCUUCUUGCAGUCCAUGGGACUCUCAAGAGUCUCCUCCAGCACCAUAAUUCAAAAGCAUCAAUUCUUUGGCGAUCAGUAGUCACUGUAAUACUGCUGGUCAGAUGUGAGGCUACCAAAAAUACCCCUUAUCUCUUGGGUUGCAGUAAAGAUCAGUCUACUUAAAUUGUCCCCUUAGGCUUCCUCCCAGAUCAAAACAAGCACUCAGUUAGUUGUAUUCAGAAGCCGCAAGUGCCAUUAACUUGCAUGCAGAAUGGUUGCAAUUUUUAGUCUUCAAACAUUUGGCACAUGAAGUAAGACCCAAGUGUGUCUUUGUUGGUAACUUAUGUUUUCCCCCAACCCUCUCAGCCACGGAUUCAGCACACACCAGGAAUAUACUGCAACACUUUGACCCACCUGUAGUAUCAUAAGUCUUUGAAUAUUAUAAAUAAAAAAAUUGAAUGAAACCUAUUGUAGGUGGCUUAUCUGUGAAUUGAUAAAUUAUGUCCCAUGUAGUUAGGGCAAGUCACAUGCCAAUGGAAUUUGUGGUUCAUCAAUAGGAAAUUUGGGGCAGAGGCAUGUUCUUUUAAUAGCGUCUUCAGACUGGAUGUUAAGAUGAACAAUUAAAGUGAAGUGUUUAUUCCAUAUUGUAAAAUACAGUAAAUUGUUUCCAGGUUUCUCUUAUGUUAUAGUUGACAGCAUUUUGAACUUAGCAUGUUGAAGUAAUUUCCCCCUUUUUUCUUGUAGGUGCAAAGUAACCUUCAUAAAAGACUGAACCAUGGAACCAGAUAUCAUCCGAAUGUAUUCUUCAUCACCACCACCACUAGAUAAUGGAGCAGAGGAGGAGGAUGAAGAUGAGUUUGGUGAUUUUGGUGGGUUUUCCGAUGCUGGAAGUACUGGAGCCUUUGACUUUGCAUCAGAUUACUCCAGUUCAAAGGAAGAACAUAAACCUUCAUGUAACUCUGAUUACUCAGGCAGUGUAGAUGGCAUUAUAGCUUUUACUACUGUUAAAGAGUUUCCUCUUGAUAGUAACAAAGAAAAAUGUGAGUGUAGAAGUUUGGGUACUUCACUUGAUGAUAUUUAUACAGAAGAAGUUAAGAGAACUGGAAAAUUAGAGUCGUCAUACUCUGAAAUUAUUAGAACUGAUAUGAAGGUUCCAAGUCAGGACCACCAAGUAGACAGCUGUAAUGGUGAGAAACAGCCAUGUCCAGAAGUUCUAACAAAUGGGUUUGCAGCACUGGACACGGCAAAUUCUCAGGAAGCUGAAGAUACAGAUGGUAUCAGUGACUCAAAGGGAUUAAAAAUAAUUAGCACUAAUAGCUCUGAAUUAAGUUUGGAGUCUAUACCCACCACAGCAGAGGAUUUUGCAGACUUUGCCACGUUCUCAAAUAAACAAACAAGCCUGGCUGAUGAAACAGGAAAUAAAAUAUGCACAAAUUCUAGUGAAAAGGAAGUGUUUUGUGUACAGGAAAGCAAUAUUAUAAAUGGUGAGGGGGAAUCUAUGAAGAAAGCAACUUCAGCUCGAAGCUGUGAAUAUGGACAGAUUUGCAUUUCAAAAAUUAAUUUAGCGAACAAUGAAGACUUCAAGGCUAAAGAGGACUGCACAUCACUAGAACACAAUGCCUUUAUUUCUUCCAUACACACAACUGUGAAUUCAGUAGGCACAACUGAAAGUAUUGGAGGAAGAGAGGAGUGUGACACUGGAAAUAGUAAAGAACAUACCUUUUUAAGGACCAAUGAUAAUGCAGAUACAUUAAGCCUUAAUGUAGUUGGAGUUCAAAGUCUUGGCUCUCAUCCUACAGAAGAGAACAUAUAUGAUUCUGAAAUAGUUAAGAAUGGUGAAAGUGACAUUGGGCAUGCAUCAUGCAGUGGUUUAAAUGAAGAUGAUUUUGGUGACUUUGGCACAGUCAGCAAUGGAUCCCUUGCUUUUACUCAAGUUUCAGCCAGCCAAGAACACUUUCAAAACCCUUCUGAAGACAUCAGUAAAAGAAGUAAUGCAUGUGGUGACUUCACAGAUAGAAGUGAUGUUCAUCAGCGAUCAUCAAAGGGAACUCCUCAAUCAAAAGAGAUUUCAAACAAGGAUGAAUGUUGCACAGAUGAUGCUGGUUCUAGCAUGACAGUUCAGCCUCUUGCAGAAUUGGAAAAUGGAAAUGACAGUGAGUUUGGAGACUUUGGCUUAGGGGUGAAAAGGUUUCCAGACUCUGAUGAGUUUUCAGCCUUCAGUUCUGCUGGUUGUAACCAAGCUACAGAGUGGAAUGCUUUUGAGGCUGAGCAAAAAGAGAGCUGCUUGUGGGCUGCUUUUGAAGAUGAGCAGGUGGUGGAACCUCAUCCCAUAAAAGAUGUGUGGCCAUCAGAUAGGACAGGCACAACUUUUGAUGAUGAAGAUUCAGUGACUCAUACACCUAACAGUGUUUCUGUAGCAUCUUUGCAUGGAACCAGUAGUGGGAAGUUGCAGGACUUGCCGGCUUCAGCUCGGGUAACUACCACACUUUGCUACUGAUGCUUAUGAUUUGCUUUUACAAUUUGCUUUAUUAUGUAAAAUGCACACACUUCAUUUUACCUCUUACUUUUGCAUUCCAAUACGAUGCAUGUUUACGUGGGCGUCAGUCCUUCCAGCAAAAUUCCCUUUAAGCUUGAGGCUCUUUGAAAGUGCCUCAGCAUGCACAUGCAUUGAGCAGGGGGAUGUUGCCUAUUUUCCUUUCCAGCUGCAAUUCCUCACAGGGCAACAAAUGCCUCUUAAGCAGAAAAGCUAUUUUCUGCAUUAACUCUGGUGAACCCCACAACCUCAGAAGCAGCUCUAGGGGUGGAGCAUAAAGUCCAGCAGAAGGAGAGGGGCUGGUGUGGGAAACCUAGCGGGUCCACUUUGAAUCAUAACUACUAUGUUGAGUUGGUUUACUCCCAGAUUGGACCACUACUGUAAUUUUCCAAGAGCACUUAUUUUAGGUAUUCUUGGGAACACAUGUAGCACAGGUGAUAAAUCUUUGUGGUCCUGUUGUAUGCAUUAAAUAAUUAGAAUUUUGGGUGGCAAAGACAGUUUCAGCCCAGUUGGACUUUCUGUGCUGUUGGUGCAACACACACAUACAAAGCUUCUUGCAGUUCCAACUGCUCUGGAACCAGACAAUCCUCCUCAUUUGACGGAAGAACAUUUGUUAAUUUGUGAUUUACUUUUUUGUCAUAUACAGAUAAGAAUGCUCUUUCAUUUUAAAAACUAGCCAAGUUUUGAAAGCAUAGCUGAUAGAGGUUAUGCAGCUUAAAGUUUAAUCAAGCGUCUACAUGAGAGCCAUUCAAGGUAGAAGCAAGUUAUAGAACUGAAUCUGAAGAGAAAAUUGGAUUAAGUUUGUGUUGAGCUCAAGAGACAUUGUGAAUAGGAAAAGUGCUGGCUACAAGUGCAAAGUUUUCCACAAAAGUUUGGAUUUAGGGUCACUUUUCUCUCAAAAACCAGUAGUAGAAGAGGUUUUCUGCUAAUGGGAUGCACAUUUUGGAUCCAAGCCGUUUUAAUGGGAAUUUCAAUUUUCAUGUAUUCCAUUAGCAUAGUAAUAUAGGCACCUUUGUACAUAAUUUAUAUAGCUGAAAGUCGUGUUUCAGAAAUGAAAGACUGUCACACACACACACACCCUCAUGGUAGCUGCAGAAAUCACUGAGGUCUCCUUGCUCACCAGUUGAGUAUUUCUGCUGCUAUAUGUAGCAUGAAGGUUUUGAUAUAUAAAGCCUUAAACAGCUCAAUACCUAAAGGAGUUCAUCUCCCCGUAUGAGCUAACCCAGAUCCUGCAAUCAUCAUCUGAAGCCCUUCUUGGUGUGUUCCCUCCCCAAGAGUUCCAGAGGGUGACAACAUGAAAAUGGGCCUUUUCUGUAAUGACUCCCUAUUUGCAGAAUGCUCUCCCCCAAGGAGGCUCACCAGCUUCUUCAUUGCAUACCCUUAGGCUCCAUGUGAAAACAUUACUUUUCACCCAGAGCUUUGGCUAAUUAAACAAUCUUUGGUGUUUAACUGUUGUGGGGGGCCAGGAGUUAUUGUUUUGUUUCUUAUUAUGCUAAGUUUUUUUAAUAAAAAUACUGUAAACUGCCCUGUGAUCCUUGGAUGUAGGGUGGUAUAUAAAUUUAAUUAAUAAUAAUAAGCAGAAGUUGCUGGCAAUGAGUAGAAAGUUUCAUCCAGCUGAAUAUGACUCUGAAUGUUGGCAGGGAGCCAACAGAUAUACAUGAUAUGAUUUCAACCAAAUCUGUGAAUUGGCAUUUGAGACCAGAUCAUAUUUCACUACAGCUGGCUGGCCACCUCUUCAUAUCAUUGGUUUUAAAUUCCUCCUUGCAAAGGCAUCAGAGCAAUUUUAAAUUAAAACCUCAGUUUUUGAUCAAUAGUGUUAAAAAUACAGUAGGCCUUCUGUUUGGUUAUCCUGACAAAUAGGUCAAUGGAUAGUGGAUGCAGGAAGUCUGAAAUGUUUACCAUUCAAUUAGAUUUAAAUUAAUCCAAAUGAUGAAUGUAAUUUAUUUUUACUUAUUAAAACAUCUAUAUGCUGCUUUCAGAAAUAUCUGAAGUUGUUUACAUAAGAAAAAUGACAAUUUGCUAAGCUGACUGGGGUGAUGGGGAUUAUAGUCCAACAACAUCUGGGGAUCCAAGUUUGAAGACUUCAGUGCAAGAGGUUACUUACUUUUAGGCAAAAGAUAGACAGCUUCUUUAUAUUUUUUAUAUUCACUUAUAUAAAUGGAGUUUUAUGCUGGAACCAUAAUUAUAAUGAUUGAGUAAUGCUAAUCUGAGAGAAAUGUUUAACUCUGUAUCAUAUUUAUCAGCUUCUUUGCUGGUAGCUGUUCCCCUGAUCAAAAGCAACCCAUGGCAGGAAAACAGUAUGUUUUUAGCAGCGUCAUUAUGACUAACCAGGAAGUAGAAACACAGAAAAAUUCUGUGCUAUCACAAAAUUCUCAGAGCAUUUGAUGCUAAAAAGAGAAGGAACCCAUUCUAACCUUGUGAUAUAGUCUCCAGUUCAUUAAUUCUUUUGCAAAUGGGCCUUGACUGAUUUUUUCCCCUCCAGUUCUGCCGAAAGUAAUGCCAUUUCUAAUAUAAUCAGGUGUUAAUUGAGCUUUAAGAGAAGAUCCAUAACUUAAAAUAAGUUUUCAUACCUCAGCUAUGUUAGCAUAUAGAGUUUAUAUGUAGCUGCCAAAUUAAACUUUAGUUAAAUAAAUCUUUGCUUAGGCACAACUUUCAUUGAAAAGUAUUCAGACUGAGACUUGGUAUAAAAUAGUUCUCAGCAGUGUUAAAAACUCCCUUUGUUCUAGACGCAUUUUGUAACAGGGAAUUUCAUUAGCGGGUGCAGUUUCCGAGCACUGAGCGCAGUACUGUGCCUAAGAUUUCAGUUUAAAACUGCAGGGUGGAAGGAAGGGAGGAACCUUUUCUGCCUCCCAACUUCCAGCUCCUUUCUGAAGACCCUCUUAAGAAUACUAGGGGGUGAUCAGGGGAAGGACUAGACCAUGCGAAAAAUGAACAUAAUAUUUUAGUUGCAGUUCAUUCAUUUUCAGCUUUGUAUUCUUGUUAUAAAAAAGCGUGCCUAGACAUUCCAUUGUUCCACCCAUAACCUAGGUUUAAGGUGCCAUUUAGCUCCUAGUUUUCAUAUCUUAGUUUCUUACGCUGGUUCUCAGACCUCUCAACUCAAGAGCUAGAAUAAAAUAUAUGAGGAGGAGUAGGAAAUUGUAAAAAGGAUGCAACCUAAGACAUAGCAGUCUAAACUUCAAAGAGAGAGGGAGGUCAGCAUAGAGAGAAAGACACAGGGAUAGUGUGAGAAGCUGGUGGUCCCUUACUCUAUCUGUCUUAAUCCAUGCAAACUGCUCUCAAAAACCUGAGUUGCAUCUAAACUUCCAACAAGUUAAAGUGUUUUGUGUUUAUCUGUUGCUUACCGUAUUUUUCGCUCCAUAAGACGCACUUUUUUCCUCUUAAAAACUAUGGGGAAAUGUCUGUGCGUCUUAUGGAGCGAAUGUGUGGGGGCUGGGGGGGGACACCCGGGCUUCCCCCGCAAGCUCCGAGAGCAGAGGCAAGGCUGCACGCAACCUUGCCGCCGCUCCCCGACCUGUUCUGGGGUCGGGGGAAGCUUGGGCUUCCCCUGCCCCCAGCCCCACAAGCUCCAGGAGCACCCCCGGACCUGUUCUGGGGGCUAAAAAUCAAGCCAGCUGCCUUGGCUUCUUUGCUCUUUGGGGCUGGGGGGGGGGACGGGCUUCCCCUGACAGCCCCAGAAGCUCUUAAUAAGACUUUUUUCCCCCUUGAUUUCCCCCCCUAAAAACUAGGUGCGCCUUAUGAUCCGGUGCGCCUUAGGAGCAAAAAAUACGGUAACUGAGUUCUGUGGGUAUAGUUCUAUGCCAUUUAGUACUAAUCAAUAAAAUAAGUCCCAUUUAUCACUGUCAAUUUAUUUUUAUACCACAUUUUCCAGAAGUAAAUCUGUCCUAAAAACCGUUCACACAAAAAUUAAAGUCUUAAUGCAGUAAUACAAUAAUAACAAUACAUAAUAAGAUAUACAGUAUCACUGCAACAGAACACUACAUAAUUAAUUACCAACAGUUUACAGUUCAUUUAACACACACAAAAAUUAAGAAAGUCCUGUAUACAGCUUGCCAGUAAGUCAAGUCAAAGUACCCAUUAAGCCAGAGGUUCCCAACCUUUUUGGUACAGUGGCCCACAUGUCCAAAUUUACUCAGUAUGAUGACCCAUUGCUUUCCUGAAUUUUGGGCUUCCAGAACUCCUCAUAUCGUAGUCAGUUUUAAAAUUGCUCCCCAUCCUCCUCCUUCCUGUGCCCCAUCCCCCUUGAAUUUGCUAUUAACUUUUUAUUUGAGGGGUUUAAUUUUAAAAAGUUAAUAAAAAUUUAAAAUACAUAAAAAAUUUAAGUGUUUAUUUUACAGGUGUUGUUUUAUACUUGGAGUUUUUAAGAAUUAAAACCAAGGUGGUGGGGCAUAAGACAAAAUUAAGAGAGAGCAGUAAUUGCUGCUGCUUCCCCCUUGCUGCAAAAAUCCAAACCCACCUCAUGCUUACUAUGGGAGGUCAACUAUGUCCUGCUGUUCCUCAUUGUAGAGCUCAAACAAUAUAAAUUUUCUAUACAGACACCCACACUUCUUUCUGCUACUUUCUAAUAACGGGAAGCAUUCCCUUGUACUAGGAAAAUAUAAAAGGUGGCCACAUUACUCUUGCAUGCAAAUAGAGCACACACAUGCACUCCCCAUAUGCAUACAGACAACAGACACACAUACCCCCCUCUUUCAUAUGUUUCUAUAUAUACAUCACAUACACAGAAGCACAUACAGUAUAUGCCUCCCUCUCUGCCCAUGUGCAUACAUACCCCCCCACACACCACACAAACCUCUCCUUCUCUGCCCAAGUGCAUCUCUUGUCCCCACCACACUCACAUACAUACACAUCCCUUUCUUUCACAUGCACACACGCACCACCAAUAUGUAUCUCACCAACAAUUGUGCAUACAUUCUGUUCUCAAUCACAAACACACAUUGCUUGAGGGGGAAAAAACCCAACCCUGUCAGAAAAGGGGCAAAGGGAGCUCCUGCCACCAGCUGCACCUGGCUGGCAGCAGCAACAUCCUGAGCAUGCGGGGAAAGCCUCACCACUCUUUUCCGCCCCAGCCUUCCUUUAAAAAAGUAAGUGGCUGGCAGGCAGCAGUGGCAUGAACAAAGAUGACAGUGCUCCUCAUUGGAGCAUUCUGACAGGGCAGAAGCACUGAAACCUGCAUCCGAUUUGCACUUGCAACCUACUUGCAGGCCAUGACCCUUCAGCAACCUAAAGCUGUUCUCUGCGUGUAGAUCCUGAAUGGUCAGGUUGAUCACUCCCCCACCAACAUACCAUAAGGGACAAAGAUGCCUUGGUAUGGGCUGGCCUUGCUUAACAGCAACGGGUUGUAGGCAUGCUUCCUCCCCUCUUUAACAGUUCUGGUCACCAAUUUUGGGACAGGGGUGACCCAAUUUUAUUUUUCUUCUUUCAAAGCAAUUGAUCAGCUGCUGUCAAAUCUGAGAAUCAACUUCAUGUGGCUAUCCCAUAUUGUAUUGGGACACUGAAGUUACUGAAGGGCUGCUGAGACGUGAUGUUUUCAAGCAGUGUGAAAUGCUGUUUAUAUACUACUUUAGACAGUUGUGUGCAAAUAGGAACUGUGAUCGUCACUGAGAGAACUGAUGAAAGUCAGUGCUGACAUGGUGACUGUAUGACAUCCAUGUUCUGAGCAAAAUGUAGUGCCUCACAGAGCAUGCCAGCUGCUUUCUCUCAGGCAUACAUAGUUGUUCUUUACCAAUAGUUACUGUAGUGUAAAGCAUUCAGAACAGUGAACUUGUGAUUGCUUUCUGUUAUGCUUAUUCAGUGCACAGUGUGAUCAUCUAUGAAAAUUUGGCCAUUGCACAGUGCAUGUUUGAAGUUUGCUGCUUUGACACAAAAGCUAGAUGGGAUUCUUAAAAGCAAAAUAAAAAUCUUAAUGUGGAAUCUUUAAAGGGUAACUUUGUGGCAUUGUAUUUCCAAUUAAGUGGUUAAAGUUAUCAGCCCUUCUAAAGAUAUUGAUAUGAUUUUUCUCUUUGAAACUCAAUGCAUUUUCAUCUUUAACCUCUCCCCACAGACAUAGCGUGAUUUCAUGAGCAAAGGAUGUUUGUAUGUCCCCAUAUCUGACUGAAGUGUUGAGGCCAACAACUCUCCUGAAAUCAAUUUAAGGCAGGAGUAAAAACAGGAAAGAGGCAAAGCACAAAGGCUGCUGAGAUUGUUGUUAUUAUUAUUAUUGUUGUUAUUAUUAUUAUUAUUAUUAUUAUUAUUAAUUAUUUCUAUUAUUAUUUCAAUACAGCUUUAUAUUUUAUAGAACAAAUCUAAAAGCAGUUUACAACACAUUAAAACAUCAAAUACAACAAUCUAGGAAAAAAACGAAUCCAAGCUUCAUAAACUAAUUUUAGUGCAAGUUGAUUAUGUGGAAAUUGAAAGUGUAGUUAACACUCACAGGCAUCCACAGAACUUGAAUGGCCAAAGUCAUUGAGCAAAAAUUUGUGUUUGGCAGGAUCCUGUGUGUCUCCUUGGCCUUCACUUUGCAGUUCAUAUCUGCGCCAGGAUAGGGGACGGUGCCCUUCUCAACUCCGAUUUGGGAGUUGGAAAAGGGAGCACGGAACUUCUACAAAGUAUGGGAACUCACUUGCACAACUCUCUAGCUUGAAAUGUAGAGGGAGAGAUUGCUUUGGUGCUGAGCUGCCACCCCAACAGGGGUGUCUUCACAGCACCAAAAGGGAAUCUUCAUUCUUCAUUCCAGAGAUGAGUUGCACCUCCAGACUGGAGAAAGAAACGGGGGUUUGUCUAGUUGCCCUCACCAGAGAGCAAUAGGGCACUUGUGAGUGGAAUUGAGGCCCACUGAUUAGUUAUUUCCCAAAGCUAUAUCCAUUUAUUUGCUUGCUUGCUUGCUUUGUUUGAUCUGUGCUUAGGAAAUAAUAUCUAAAGUUUGUAAUUUCAUAUUCCCCUGACUUUUAAAAGCAGUAAUUUGCAUAAUUUUCAACAAGUUGGUUUUGUCUGUUCUGAUGCAGACAAAGCUGCUAAGUCGUCUAGAACGAAUAUUUGAAGCCUGUUUUCCUCCUGUAACUGUCUCUGAAAUGGAAGAAGAGAUUGCUCCUUUAAAUCUCUUGUUGGAAAUGGGUAAUAAACCUGGGAGGACAGAGGAGACCCUGUCACAAAGGUAUGGACCAUUUUUAAAUGUGAUACAUACACAGAAGCAUGCAAGCUUUCAGUGAUGUUUUCUGAGGGUGUAUAGCAGUAAUCUUCUAAUGGCUGCAAACAUCAAUGGAUUUUUAGUUACUGCUUGCAUUUUGUUUUCUUUUAAAACGCAUAGUUAGUUUUUAGUGACUGCUUUUGCUGCCAUAGAAUAAUCUACUUGGUGGGUUUUUGUUGUACUUUAAGUGAUGUGCAAAUGAGGUAGUUAAAUAGGAUGUGGCUUAUUACUUACAGUUAUAUUAUUUAUUAAUAUGUUGAAUUCCAAGUAGACGACAUUCUGUUUGCUACAGACAUCGUUUUCUAAUUAUAAGUUAGAAAAAUAAUUGUUCUGAGAACCUUAUACCACUGUUAUCUCCCUAGAGGUUUGGUGUUUGGGCUUGUGUUUAAUGGGAAUGUUGUUAUAUGCCAGUCAUUUAAAGAUGCGGAAUGAAGUGGUUAAAGCUGCUGAGUUCUAGCAUUUUCCCCUCUUCACUGUUUCACUUGAUGUAUAACUGACUAUGUAGGGAACUGCUAGAUGUGUGGACAGAGCUUCAGGAUAUCCACGAUGCAUAUGGACUGAAAUAUCAGUGGGGUGGCUCCCUCAGCAACAAAAAACUCCUCUGCUCUCUGGGAAUCGACACAAGAAACAUCGUGAGUUAUCCGCAAAGCCAACUAACCAGCAAUUUCUUCCAUUCUGUUGGUACACAAAAUAAGUGUGCGAUAUUAUACCUAAGAAUGUUGUUGUUUAUAUUAAAAUGUAUUUAUUCUAUCAGUUGCCCAAAAUCUGUUACUCUUGUGUGACAUACAAAAAUGACAAACAAUUUAAAAUUGUCCAUGUAAUUUUAUAUAGUUGCAAUGAUGCUAAAACAAUCAUUUCUAAAUUUUCUAAAUAAGUCUAAAAAUCAUGACAAGCAGCAAUUAAUACUAAAUGCUGCAUCAAAUAGUCAGGGACUCUUCAGAGGGGGGUGAGUGGGAUUCUGGGGGCAGAUGAGGAAGUGAUAGUCUCAUGUUGUUAGUAGAACACAGCUCACAUGACAUUGACUGCAACCCAAAGAUACUGCAUGAAAAUAACUAACCAUUGACCCAAAAAUGAGUUUUGAGGCUAACUGAACUUCACAAAUAAAAUGUUUCAGUCUAAUCAGAUGGAAAUUUCUUUUGUCUUAGCUCUUUACAGGUAACAAGAAGCAACCUGUUAUAGUGCCCAUGUAUGCAGCAGGAUUGGUAAGUUUUUAAACUGUUUUAGGCAGUUUCCUUAGAAAGCCUAGAAUUAUCUAAACUUUCUUGUCAGAAGUAAUUGUAGAUUUGGUAUAAUACCUACAGCAUGUUUUAUAGUCCAUAAAAAGAAUGAUAAGUAUUUCGGUUGUUACUUAACAUCUUAGCAAACUAGAUAGAUCUUAAUUUUGUUAAACUAUAUUUAGAGGCACUAAUAGCACACACUUUGACUGUGGCUGGGCAGAAAUGGGUAACAAAUUCCUUUAUGUUCCCUCCCUUAUAGUCGCUUUCAACCGUUUGUCCUUUUUUAUCUUUUUAAGUUAUGUAUGGUAUAAUCGUCUUUUAAUUAUUAGUUUUUAUCCCUUAAGUGUUUUAAGUCUUAUGUGUUCAGUUUAUCUGUUUGUUUUAUCUUACGCUGGUCUGUGACCAAAAUAAAGUUUGUACUGAUGCUAACAAAUUUAUAAAAUCAUUGUACGGCACCCAGUGUUUUCUCUUGGUUUGAAGAUCAAAUAGUUCUGAACUACAAUAAAAUCAAAAUAGUUCUGUAAUACAGUAAAUUUGGUUGGAAAAUCAAAAAGUUCCAUACUCCAGUAUUUUGUCCCUAAAACAAAUUAAGAGUGGCUUUUUGUCAUUUAUUUAACAUGAAUUAUAAAAGUAAACUUUAAAUAUUAAUGCUAAGUAGUCAAUUAGGGGAAUAUACAAAAGUGAAUCCAGCAUUUCUUUGGGGCUUGACUAAUUUUUGUUUUUCCUAAAGGGUGGUAUUUGAGCAGAUUCUGUGAUGUCUUAAUUUCUAGGGUAUGUUAGAGCCUACAAAGGAACCCCUGAAACCAAUAUCUGCUGCAGAGAAAAUAGCUUCCAUAGGACAGACUCCACUUGCAUCACCAGAGAUGAAUAUAUGUACAACUGAUCAGUUCCAGGUAAAAAAAAAUAUUUUUUUGUGGCAUUGAUUCCACCAUUAAAGGGCUGUGGGCAUAUGCCUGUUCAGAGCUCAUUAGUUUGGGGUGGGCGGACUGUUGACAAUCUUGACAAUUUGUAUAGUGCACCAACGUCCCCACUCCACCUUGCCUUGAGGUCUUGCCCUCAUGCCGGAAGAGUCUCAUAGCUAGAUCUCUGGCUGACUGCCAAUAGAGAGGAGGCUCACACCUGCAAAAGUCUGUAGUGAGUUCUUCUGCCUCAACACUUUCUAAUAAUCUAUAGCGAAUGAGCUGUCCUGACCAUACAAUAUACCUAAAUAACAGUUUCCAGUAGAUUAAAAUGGUUAUUUUCCUAUACGUCUUCUUACGAAUUUGCCCUUUUCAGUUUUAAAGCUGUUGUGAUACUUAUAGAAAGCACAUGCAAAGAUUUUAAUCCUUUCCCUAUUGUUUUUAACCCUCUUGUGCAUUUGAAAGAAGUGCCAGAGUUUAAGAAAAUAACACUUUCUAUCCUUGGAUGUUUUUCCCUCUCCUGCAGUUAGAUAUAGCUUAUCUUUCCUAGUCCUGUUAAAUUCCAGAUGAUUGGAAAAAGAACAAGUGAUUGGAGGAAGUGAUCUAUAACUGAGAUUUUGAACAUAACCAAAAAGUAUAAUUGAUGCCACUUAUUUUGUCGGUUUACAUCUCUUGUGUUUAAAACCAAAAAAGGGUAUCCGAGCAGUAGGACGAUCAGACUUGCUUCUUUCUAUAGGAGUAUGCAAACUACUGAAUUUUGCAGAACAUUCCUCUAGAGCAGGCCUGCACAGCGUACAUGGGCCACAUGCAACCCUCCAAAGGAUUUUGUGCAGCUUGUGAAAAAUGCUUUGUCCAUGCCCGCCUGGCCCUAAUGGGUUGCUGAGCACUCAUCUUGCCCAGCCUCCCUGUUGCCCACCUUACCCCUCUCUCGUCGCAGGCAGCUUGCUCUCUCCCCUUGAGGCGGAGGCGGCUGUGCCUCACGCACCUCGCACUUUCCCAUCAAAACCAACCUUCAAGUCUCAAACAGGACCUAGAAAAGCCCCCUUGCUGCACAACACUAGCCCUCCUCGUGAAUCCUUCCUGAGCCCCAACGAGGAAGGAAGGAAGGGGGGAAAGUUGGAGGGAAGGCUGCUGAGAGGAAAGCCCUAAAUGCAGCCAUGUGCUAACCAACAGGAAAACUCCCUGCCCAACUGAGGCCAUCCCCUGGGAAACGGCAGCAGUGCUCCCCAAAGGGAGCUUCCUUCUGCCUCCAGAUGAGCCCUCCACAGACCUUCCAUAAGCACCCUGACAGAUCAGCAGGGCGGGGGAGAAACAUGGCACCCAAAGGACCCACCACUGGAAGCUGUGAAUGCCAUGGUGGCCAUGCCAAAGAGGAGGCCGCUGAGGGGCACCGAGACAUUGAGCCACAAAGAAGGAAAACCUGCGGGCCACUAAACCAACCAGCUGGCAGAUUCCCACCUCCCCUCCACAGUUGAGGUUGCCCCCCCCCUCCAAGAAACAACAAGAAGUCCAAGUAGAUGAAAAGGGAGGGGGAGAGUUAGAGAGAGAUGGAGAGGAGGCAGAGAAAGCAAGAAAAGUACCAACAACGAAGAGAAAAAAUACUUUUAUUUUGGCCCAUACCUACUGCCAAGUUGUGCAGGUCUGCUCUAGAGGUAGGUCUGAUAAAAUAUUGCUAUUUUUCAUUCCAUUCCCAUUUGGAACAAACAUGACAACAAUAAUUUUUGCCAUGAAACAUUAACAUAAUUUUUUUUUAAAGUCUGAUAACUAGAAUUAGAUCUACAUAACAAACUGCUUGACUCACCCUACCUGAUCCAAAGCAUUGUGUUGAAAUUAUGCAUGAUGUAUGUGUUUUCUUGCCAGUUUUGGGUAUGUUCAGAAUAUCUAGCGCUGGCACAUAAAUUCUCCUAGUUGUCACCAAAUGUUUCAGGAGAUGUGUAAAUCGCUGAACAGAUUAGAUGAAUGGGGUGAAUAGACUGUGUGCCUCUCAGCAGAGGACAUCCAUAAUAGCAGGUUGGGAAAUCUCUUCGUGAUUUCUCUGUGUGUAUUUCAGUGGCUAGCCCUUUGGUAAGUUAGAGCUCUAGUGUUUUAUAAUAGUAAACUUCAGAACAAGUUCACAUGCAAGUCUUAGAACCUCUCCUAUCAUAAUUGAAAAUUUGUGUAGAAUGGUCGGUAAAUCUCCUCAGCUGCACUUUUGUCCAUUGCACUUGCAUUAUUUAGGUUGUUCUCUAUGCUGUAAUCAUUAUGAGCAGCAACAACAAAAGAUGUAAUGAAACAAUCUGUUGGCACGCUUUGAUCCGACCUUGCUUUGAUGCCUGUUCAAAAAAAGGUGAUUCUGCAGUUCACUAUGAAUGUAUAAAAGUAGAGGUAGCAAAAAGUAGAGGGGCAGCAGAAAAUAAAGAGAGGCAAGCCUGUUUAUGGUAAUAACUAGAAGGCUUAUUCUUGUAGAUAAUAAUGAAAACUGCAGAUAAAAAUUAUGAAAAUUGUCACUUUAUUAGGAUUCAAAGAUGCCACUUCAGAAAUAAAUUCCAAUAAGAGCUUUUGCCUUUUUUAAAAAAAGAUUUAAGUAUAAACCAGCUUAUGGCUCUCCUUUUGCGUAGAGAAAUCGGAUAAGAAGUACCUUCAGACAGCCCCCCCCCCCCCAAUUCUUGCCACAGCUUCCACACUUCAGUCCCUAAACCAAUAGAUUUAGUAUACGUGUCUGUUGAUUAUAUAUGCCUGUUGGUUUAGGUUUGCCCAUUGAUGUGCAACCAAAUAAUACUUUUAGUUAUUAAUAACUUAACAAUUAUUUUAAGAUUAAAUAAUUAUUUAAAGAGCAUCCCACUGAGCCACUUUUAUCCGUCUGAAGUUGCAUAUAACUGUUCAGUUGCAUUGUAAGUGACUUUAAGGGUUUUCAAAGCUGCAAAACUGAUGAUGCUGUUACAGGCAGAGGGGUUUUCAGAUGGAACUCGCCAGAACUGAGUUCCAGCACCUCUUUGUAGCAUGCUGGUAGCUGUAUAGAGGCACGGCGCCCAGAGCUGCGUGUCGGAGGCUUCAGCUGCAUGGUGCUCGUGGUUUUGUGUUGGAGGCCAUGGGGCAGCGCAUCAGAGGUAACAUCGUAACGCAUCCACAGUGCUGCCCCCCCCAAAAAAGCGUUCUUCUCCCCCUAAAAAAAAACUCAUCAACUUAGGGUUGUCCAUCAAAAAAAUGGGGAGUUCCUGCACCUCUUUUUCUAGGAAAAAAAAAGCACCGGUUACAGGUGAGGCUGGUUCUGUUUCUGCUGCCCUGAUCUUAAGCAUUCCUGCCAGUCUUACCUGCCUCUAGUGCCAGAGUGAUAGCUCUGCAAUGCUAGCAUAAUAUAAUGGCCUGUUUCAUUGUAUUUUGGCAAUAUUUGCAACUCCCCAUAAAAAUUUCCAGACCAGGCAGUCUAGGAACAAUCUGUAAACCAUAGUUAUUCUUAGGUUGCAAGAAACACUGUUUUUAUGACUUCAGUUUAGUUUAGUUAUUACCUCUGGCUCAUUGUCCUUUGGCUUUUCAAUUGUUGCUUUUUUGCUUGCAUGCAAAAGAACUUCAUGCGACACAUUUUGUUAUGCUAUGACCUGACUGUAAAAUUUGAUUUCUGACUUUUCAACUCUAGGAAUCUCUACCACCUGUCCAGUUUGACUGGAGUAGCAGUGGCCUUACUAACCCUUUAGAUGGUACGUCUCUCCGUAGAGCCUCUAGCACAAGAGCUAGAGUUAAGAAACCUACAAAGUUCAGACAAACAUCUCUCUGCUGAUUUAUUUUAUAUAUAUAUCUGUGUUUUUGUGUCUGUGUGUGUUUGUAUGUAUGUAUACACACACACACACACACACACACAAACACAGAUAGAUAUACACACACAUACACACACUAUUUCUUAACUUUGGAAAUUCAGGCUUUCUUUCUGUUUAGUUAUGCACUAUUUAAAGUAGUGUUUAAGAGCAAGGUAAUACACCAUUUUGCUGAAUUGGUGUUGCAUACACACAACCACAUUACAUGUUCUACGAAUAGAAUAGUUAAAUAAUUUUUGUUUACUUUAUAGCUAUCACCUCAACAAACCCUUGCCUGUUUAGACUUUUGUAAAGUUUGAAAUGGCAUAGUCAAGUGUGUAAUUGUGCUUGCUUUCAAGCACAGUUUUUAACAUAACCUGUUUGCAAAAGGAACAGUUUUUAAAAAAUUUUGUUUUAAAAUGUGCAUAUAUUUUAUCAAAGCUUCAAAAUCUAAAAGCCUCUAAAUUUAAACUAGGGCUAGUAGAUAGUGACAUAGUUUCUUAACCAUUUGUUAAUAAUGCUGUUGAACUUGUCAUAAUUACUGGCCAUACCACUGACCUAAAAACACUGCUAUACAAUGUUUAAAGAUGUGACCACAUUUCGGUCCAUAUCAGAGUGCUGAAGGAAAGCCUGGAUGGACUCUCUUGCUGUUGUCUGGUGUCUUAUUACUGCAGUCAAUUCAUCUUGCUUUCUUUUAACAAUUUCUUUAAAAUAUGUAUAUCUGAUUUUUCUGUUUCAGUAUUAAAGGGGAACAAUGUAGUUUGCCACCAAGGAGCUGGAUGUAAUAAGAACCAUUGUUACCAAUAUUCAUAUUUUGUUUUUGCUAACCUACUGACAAUCUGCUACUUGAAGCUAUAGAUACAAUUUGUCAGUCUCUUUAAAUUAUGUAGAGAACAUAUAUGAUUUUGAAUUAGAUGAAUAGUUUGGAAUUUAAAAAAAUGUUUCCCUUUAAUUAAUCCCUUUAAUCUGGAUCUCUGGUUCUGUCCAUUUUUCUAAACAAUGUUGGCUACUUUUUAAGUUAUUAGUGUUGAAUUCCUUGCUGCAUUUGUACAUUAGAAUGUACACUGACUUGUUAACAUCUUUAGAACCUACAAACUAAUAUUGUAAGCACUAUUAUGUGAAUUCUUUUUUUUAUAAAACAAAACUAUGUAAUGAGUACUAAUUAUAACUGGCAUGUUCAAGUGUGUGUCUUACCCCCUUUUUACACAUAAAUCCCUCCCUUGGCUUACCUUCUAUAUGGCUGCCUACCAACACGGUCACUGAAUUUCAAGCUAGUGGAGGUUCCACUCUUCUGAACCUUGAUUUCUUUGGGCCCGUGGAUGACAGUAGCUCUAGCACCACCACCACCAUCCCAGGUCAGCAGAGUGCUACACUGCAAAUUUAAUCUCUUAACCUUCUUACUAAAAGCAUGAGCCGCAUUAUGUGACUUUCCUACAAACAAGAAGAAUGUCUAUGCUCCAGUUUUCUCUUAAGAUGCCCGCCUUCAGUAGUUCCCCCUUCUAUCAUUUGCCUCCAGUAGUUAGUUAAUACUGUUUGGUUGGUAUUCUAGAAUGUUAAGCAAAGAAUGGAUUUUAAGAAAUUUAAGAACUUGAAAUGCUUAAAACAAUUUUUUAUUGUGGGCUAAAAUCUUGAUGUAUCCCACUUGAAAAUGCAGUUGGAAUAAAAUCCUAGUAUUCCUGAGAAUGUUGCUCAGUUGAAAAAAAAUCUGAAGACUAUGAUUAAUGCACUUGCUUAUGGGUCUCAUUAAUCUUAGUACUUAACAUCUACUGAAGAUAACCAGUAGAUGGCUGCAAUUUCUUCUUGCAGUAAUGAAGUUUACAAACAAGAGCUUACACCUAGCUAUUUUAUAGAUAAGCUUUGCUGUUGUUUAAGGCAGUAUAAAUGUAUUGUAGUUCUGCAUGACACUUAAUGCCUUAAAUAUUUUAAUCAUUGAGUUGAAAAAAACUGCAAAUUUAGAAGAAAAAUCUGAUUAGUUAUAGCAUAUCUUUUUACAGAACAGUCUGCUUCAGUUUAAUUCUCUUGAAAGAUAAAGCUGUUUCUCACUUUACCUUGAAUUAUUAAUCUGUUGGGAAAUCAGAAUGCAAAGAGAUGUGGUUACUAAAGGAGUGGCAUCUAUUAAAUCCUGCGGCUGCAGGAUUAUUGAACAAAGGUUCCUCCUGUGUUCCUCCUGAUGUUGUGGUUCUUUCAAAUCCUAUCACUCCCAGCCUGCAUCGCCAAUGACCAGGGAUGAUGAGAAUCAUAGUUCAACAACAUCUGGAGGACCACAAGUUAGUCAUUCUGGAACAGAAGAUGUGAACACACUUCCCAUACCCUUGUACAGCCCUCUGCUUGGAGUUUAUGUUCCUUGAUAGAGCAGAGUUUGCCCAUGCACUUAAGGGGUGGGGAGAACAGGACUCCAUUAUGAUCUGUAGAGAUUUUUUUCAUGGGUGGAAAAAUCACGUUCUUGAUUUUUGUGUAUGUGUGAGGGUUCUUAUACGUCAUUGUCAUGAUUAAUUUUUCACUUCUAGUGUUUAUGUUUCAGAACUACUUGAUCAUAUUUUCUGGAAGUCAAAAGUACAGAAACUUCUUGAGUUUUGUAUGGUAGUUUGAUAUAAAACUUCACACACUACUUUUAAAUCCAUCUAUGCAUUCCACAGUAUUGAUGAUUAUUAGUAGACAUUUUUUGGCAUCUAGUAAAAUACAGUUUGACUACUUCUGAUACAUUCAUUUGAAGUGAUUAUAAAGAAGGCACCUUAUCAUUUAUUAUGGGUUUUCAUUAGAAUAUUGUCAACGAAUUUGCAGAUGUCAUCAUUGCUUGUAGGUUUUCUGGCUUGUUUCUUGGAAAGUCAUUUGCUUCUAGCCUGCAGCUCUCUGUGUGGGUUAUGUAUGUAAUUUUGUGUGGUGUGUGUGUUUUGCCUAAGCUAGGCGCUUGAUCUAAACUUGGUUGCCUAAAUUUCCUCAAUCUCAUUAAGGUUUUUAUACAUAUACACAUUUUCUUUGAAAAUCCUUUUCUUUUGUUAGCUGCCUUUUAAUCAUUUUGCUGAAAGGCGGUAUAUAUUUUUUAUAAUAUAUGCAUUUAAAAUAUAGGUAUAUAUUCUUUAUGGGUAUUAGUAGACACUUUUAGAUAAUAUUGAUUCUUGGCACUAAUUUUUUAAAGCACUUUAGUGAAAUGAUUGCAGUAUCAGAACAUGUAGUAGUAGCAGUUAUAAUAAUCAUAUGCUAAGGUAAUAAAUUUCACCUAAUGAGUGCAGUUGACAAGUGGCUUGAAAAUACAAAGUGCUGCAACAUGUUACAAAUCCUUCUUAGAUAUUGGAAAUUUCAGUUGUGAUUUUUAAAAUCUUAAAUACUUACAGCUUUAUUCAGUGGCAUACCUUAAUGGGAUUUCAGAAGCUUUGUUUCUUGUAAUGUUAUUAUUUCUGUAUGUGACUCUUCAGAAGGCCUGGGCCUGUUGUAUUUAAGGGUUCUGUAAACAUCUGACAGUAUUUCAAGUGUAUUCUGUAUUUUAAUUUGAGAUUUGAACAUGGGACUGUUUCAGUUGAAUUGAUCGCAAGGUUGAAGUGGAUAUGAGAGGCAAGUGCUGCUCUGUCUUUGCCUUAACCGAAGGAUUCUCUACUUGAUCAUUCUACGUAACAGAUAGUGUCACCCUUUAACCGUCAUAUGAAUAAUUUCUGAUGAAAGUUUUGUUGUGGUAUAUCUUGGAGUCCUCAUCAAAAUGAUUUUUUUAAAAUGGAUGUCUUCCCAUUUUUGCCAUUUUGAACUCGUAGGUGUCUCAGCUUUUUUUUUUAAAAAAAAAAAUUAAACUGAAUUCCAUCAGUUUGUCCAAAUUAUAUUACAUAUUUCUAGAAGCUUGCUUUGAGAUAUUUCAUUGAAUCCUGAAAUCCACUCUUUCCAUAAUUGUGUCCAAAUAAAAAGUGAGAAACAAAUAAGAAGUUUGAGAAAUUGUUUAUACUUUAGUGAAGAGAAAAAAAUUGCAUGAGGACUUCAAAUACUCUCUACUUGUAUGUUCUACAGAGACAGUGGAAUGGAAAUGGAAGUUAAAGAAUCGAUGUGUAGCAGUGAAAUAAUGUUCUAAAUAAUAAUGUAAAGCCUUGGAGGAUUUUGGUAUAAGAAGAAAAUGAUUAUUCAAAUUUGCUUUUCACUCCUGGCUGACAUCUUGUAUGCCAGUUUUAUCUGUAACUCCAAUUCUCUGAGUAGUGCAUGAUGAAAAUUAGCAAGUUGUAUCUCAAUCACAUAUUAGAGAUAUAAGUAGCUCAGAUGUUUACAGAAGAUGGAAAUACAGUAUCCUAAAUUGCAGUUGAACAUGUGACACUUGUUUCCAUCUAUCACUGAUUAUAAUUUUAUGCUAUAAGGUGUGGAUCCAGAACUGUAUGAGUUGACAACUUCCAAGCUGGAAACCUCCAACUCCACCAGUAAAGUGACUGAUGCAUUCGCAAAGCUAAUGUCCACAGUAGAGAAAGCAAGCACAUCAGCAAGGUAAAUCACUGUGAUUAGUGACCCUUAUUAUUGGAAGUUAAAGCUUGUUCAGUAACUGCAGCUUAAAUAUCACCUAAUGCAUGAGUUCAGUUCCAUGAUAGAUCUCCUUAGAUCUCUAUUGCUGUACCAGUAUAUAUUUUUCAGAGAUUCUUUUCUGCUUCUAAUGUCACAAUUAAAUCCGUUGGAUUGAAAUGAGUUGUCAGAACUGUUGCUUUUAAAGUUUUCAGCCUAUCCACAGUGGUAUGCAGCCUUCUAGUGGCUCAUCUGCACUGCUGAAAGCUCACUUGUAAGCCACAAAGCUGACAUUUCCCAUGUUAUAAACUGUUAGUGACAGCAGGAACGUAGCUGAAAGCAGAAAUUGUCUUCUAUGUGAAAUGCCUUAACACUUUUGCAGACAUGUGUAUAUACACUCUCUCUCUCUCUCUCUCUCUCUCUCUCUCUCUCUCACACACACACACACACACACACACACACACCCCAGCUACUGCAUAAUCCCCUUUUUGUGCAAACCCUUAUUUUGUGCAUAGCAUAAUAAGCAGCCAUCACUUAUUAACUAUUUCUAGGAAUCUAGAAACAGAAUAUGAUUUCUUCCUAUGUAGGGAAUGGGAUGGAAGACUGCAAGUAGGGGUCCACUAGUAGGACUGUGCUCAGGCUGUGCUUGUGUGCAUCACACAAAUCACAUCUGAUUUGUGUGUUACGCCUAUUUGUUAAAACAUUUAUAUCCUGCCUUUCCUUUAAAAAGCAAGUAUGUAAUAUAGAAUAAAGGUACAACAGAGACAUUUCAGACUGUGAAUAUGGUAGCACUGCUUCCCUAGGAAUGUGUGGCGCUCUUGUGAAUUGCACAUUAUGUAGCUCCAUGCACAGAUACAACAUGUGAGAUGACUGUGCUGGUUAACAGGUGCUUGGAUACUAAAGUAGUGAGUUGUGGCAACUUGCAUGUGCUGUGAAUACUCAUUUUAGUUUUGAUCAAACAGCAAAGAUUUGAGGUCAUGCAAAACAUUGGCUUUCAUUAAGUCAGCUCGCAAAUUCAAAAGUAGCAAGUAGUCAUGAGCUAAACUGAAAGUAUGCAAGGAACAGCUGUAGCAGGGAAUGCAUGAGCCUAUUACAGAAGUUAACAAAUGGUACGUGUGUAACUCUUAUUGCAAGAGCCCUUUACACAUGUAACAUUAACUCCUGUAAUGGCCUCAUUUUCAGAACUAUUUCUCUGCUGUUUGCCACUAGGGGGAGUGCUAAGCCUUGAUGAAUCUUUGCUCAGGUCAUUUUCAACUUGGCUUUUCAUCAGAAAAGUGAAAAUGCAGUGUGUCCUCCUGCUGACACUUUUUAUUUUUUGUUUUAUUUUUACUUACACUGUAGCCUUCAAAAUAGAAAACUAAAGGCUUCAGUCUUUCAUGCCAGAACAUUCCUUGCCUCCACUGCUUCUGUACAAUGUAGAUAUUACCCCCCCCCAAAAGCUUAACCUCAUAAUAUUUUUGCCAAGUGCAUAGGGAGUUGAAGACCUCUUUACUUAUGAUGACUCUUCAUAGGUUUGUAAUGAUUUGCCUGGCCUGACUUUUUCUGAUCUGGUAGAGAUGGACAAGGAGAAAGGGGUAAAAUGUGAGUGAAGUACCAAAGGCAGGAGGUGGGCAGUGAGAGAUCAUCUUGGUACAAAGAUACAAAAUUAGCAUGAAUGCUGCUCUUCCAAAGUACAAGAAUUAUUUGUUGUAAACAUAAGUGUGAUACACUAUCCUGUGAAUGUGUCCUUUAUGUUCUAUUGUCUAAUCUACUCUUAGGCGUGAGUUGCACAUAACAUAGAUGUUGCAUGUGGUGGCAGCUGAAGGAGAGUGUGGUGUUGAAUCUUGUUAGACCCUCUCCUUUGCUCAUGCCACUGUUAGAGGAAAUUUUCAGGGUGGACAGAAACCUUUUAUGUACUGUCCUGCUUAGCUUGUCUGUGUGGGUGGAGUUACUAUGGAACAGCUGGGACCACGUACAAGUUUCCAGCACUGGACACAUCUCAGUUGCUGAAUAAAUACUCACUUUGAAUUAAUGUUUAUCCUCUAAACCACAAAUGCAGCAGGGAGAGAGACAGGGAAAGAAAAACUAUUCACAAGGAUGCCUAUUUAAGCGGGGGGGGGGUACCUAGAGGAGGAAGAGUUGCCAUGUUUAAAAUUCCAUCUCUCUUAGAUUGGAAUUGUGAUUAAAGCCUCUGUGUUGCUAGUUGAAAUGAAGGAAUUUUAAUACAUUGUCUUUUUCACUUGAGAAAAAAAUAUCACGAUGGCUAAUUUCAUUUCAAGAAUAAAUGUUAGAACAGUACUAAUUUUAUUAAUAGAAUACUAUGCAUUGCAAAAUAAGGCCCUUCAGUUCUUAGGAGCAGCUUCUUGGGACACAUGAGGGGCUACAAUAGGGAAGAGGGCAUAGAAGUCCCAUUCCACUUACAAUGUUUUGGAUCUGAGCUAAUGUAUCCUAAUUCACAUAUAUAUCAAAGGAAGUUCAGAUCUAUGAUGUAAGUAGAAUAUGCUUAUUAAAGAUGACAUCAAGACACCAACUCACUCAAAUGAGGUUUAUUCAGUCCAACCAUAGCUGAAUAUGACAAAAAAUACUGUAUUUUUUUAUCUGUUUUUUAUUUUUUGACAGUAGGAAUACAGCCUGUUUAUUCACACUUUUUUGUUCUUACCCUUCACUUUCUAGUGCUAUUAUUAUUUUAUAACCACAAAAAGUCUAGUAAGAAAGAUGAUGAAAAAUCCCCUGGAAAAUGCAUGAUAAUAACCGCUAGUUGACAAGGCCAUAUCUAACCUCCACAUAAUUUGAGAUUUCAACAAGGACUAGAACCUCCAGACACUUUUUAUAUGAUUUGGCAUUCCUUUAUGACCCCUACUAUCAUUUUCAAGAGCCUGGCAAAUCUGGAACUAUACUUGAUGAUCUGAUGAAGUUGAUCGUCUUUACAUGGACUUUCUUAUUUUAACUCAUGUAAAACCACUCAUUCUACAUGCCUGUUUUAUAGUUUUGUCACUUUUUAAUUUUUGUUGUUAUUAUGAAAUGAAGUAAUAAUAUAAUCUCUGCAUAAAUAUAUCCAGAUGAAUACAGUGGUGCCCCGCAAGACGAAUGCCUUGCAAGACGAAAAACUCGCUAGACGAAAGGGUUUUCCGUUUUUUGAGUCGUUCCGCAAGACAAAUUUCCCUAUGGGCUUGCUUCGCAAGACAAAACGUCUUGCGAGUUCUUGCGAGUUUGUUUCCUUUCUCUUAAAGCCGUUAAUAGCCGCUAAGCCGCUAAUAGCCGUGCUUUGCAAGAAGAAAAAACCGCAAGACGAAGAGACUCGCGGAACGGAUUAAUUUCGUCUUGCGAGGCACCACUGUACUUAGUAAAUAGGCAACAUUUUAUAACCCCCUCAGAUUUUAUGUGAACAUAAUACACUUGAAUUCUCAGUAAAUAGCUAGUCUGGAAGCUCCCUGUGUUCACUUUUUCCAUGUUGUGCCUCUGUACUAUGCUGAAACUUUACCAGUCUGUCUGGGCAUAUUACACACUAUGCAGCUAUCUGCAAACAAGGCAGCCUGGAUCAAAGAUGUCUGCCUGUCUUCGUAAAAACUAUUAUUGACAGUUUGAACUAUCUAAGUAACUUUCCUUUUUUGGCUUCUCUCUUAGUAACUUUCCUUUUUUGGCUUCUCUCUUAAAGGGUAACUAUCUGGAGCCCCAGGGGCUACAUUUCAGCCCCCUACAUAGCUUCUAAUUUGCCCAGAACAAAAGUAACAAAACAAAAUCAUAUCUCCCAAUUCCCCGCACCCCCAGAAUAGAAAAUGAAAUGUCCUGUAUGUCCAUACAUUUCAGGGGCUUUUGUUAAUAGGCUGUCUAAAAUAUUAGACUCAUUCCCUGAAUAUGUAGCACAAUUACCGUAUUUUUCGCACUAUAGGACGCACUUUUUCCCCUCCAAAAAUGAAGGGGAAAUGUGUGUGCGUCCUAUGGUGCGAAUGCAGGCUUUCACUGAAGCCUGGAGAGCGAGAGGGGUCGGUGCAGCGCGUCUUCCCGCUGUCCCCGGACUUGAUAUCAAGGCGGGCGGCGGGGAGAGCAGCGCUUCUCCCCGCUGCCUGCCCCCAAGCUCCGGGGACAGCAGGGAGACGCAGCGCGUCUUCCCGCUGUCCCCGGACUUGAUAUCAAGGCGGGCGGCGGGGAGAGAGCGCUCUCCCGCUGCCUGCCCCCAAGCUCCGGGGACAGCUGGGAGACGCAGCGCGUCUUCCCGCUGUCCCCGGACCUGAUGUGAAUGCGGGCGGCGGGGCGAAGAGCGCGUCUCCCCGCUGCCUGCCCCCAAGCUCCGGGGACAGCAGGGAGACGCAGCGCGUCUUCCCGCUGUCCCCGGACUUGAUAUCAAGGCGGGCGGCGGGGAGAGCAGCGCUUCUCCCCGCUGCCUGCCCCCACGCCCCGGGGCCAGCAGGGAGACGCAGCGCGUCUUCCCGCUGUCCCCGGACUUGAUAUCAUUGCGGGCGGCGGGUCUAAGAGCCCUUCUCCCCGCUGCCUGCCCCCAAGCUCCGGGGACAGCUGGGAGACGCAGCGCGUCUUCCCGCUGUCCCCGGACCUGAUCUGAAGGUGGACUGCGGGGAGAAGAGCGCUUCUCCCCGCUGCCGGCCCCACAAGCGCCUGGGGGGGAAAUAAUUUUUUUUCCUUUAUUUCCCCCCCAAAAAACUUGAUGCGUCCUAUGGACCGGUGCGUCCUAUGGUGCGAAAAAUACGGUACUUUAUUGUGCACAAUCAAGGUACAGGAAAAGGGCUCCCAAUACCUCACUGUGAACAGUGAAGGUCUGAGCAGAAUUCACCCUUCUUGUUUUACAUUCUUGUCAGAAAGUUGGGUUUUGGUGUUUGACAUCCUCAUGGGAAGGGUUUGUUGGUUGUGGUUUUUUUAAAUACUUUAGAAAGACAUAGCCUUUCUAAAUAUAGCAAACAUUUUUAUAUGUGAUCUGUUUCAAAUUUCUGUGAUGUUCCAUUGACACAAGAUACAAAUUUUACUUUUCACCCAGUAGCUGAUGCAAGAACUGCCAUAAAUGGUCUGGGUCUUACUCUGUGAGUUUUAGUAUUGGGCAUAUGAGUAGCAACUUUUUUGGAAAAGGUCAGCUCUUUACUAACAUAGGGGAUGCCCACACUGCACUCUUCUGAUCAUGAAUGUGACAGAGACCUAAGACAGAUAUUUUACAACAUAUGGGAGAUGAGGUCACAUUUAGACGGUGUUCUCAAAUUUCCACUAGGAAAGAAUAUCAUCAAAAUGGAGAUCUAGAGGUAAGGUUCCCAAUCAGUGAGUUUUGCUGUAAUGCUAUUAAAUAUUUAACUAGUUAGAUUUGUUGUUUUACAGAUUCAGUGCAGUCUUCUGGUACAGAGUCACUUUGGCCACAGUAACGUUAAAUCACAGCCAUCUAAAAAUAAGUAUUAAAUAGUGCUUUGGAAUUAAUAGGUUAAUCUCUAGCUUGUAUGAGACCUAUAAAUGGUCGUUUGAUUAAAUAGUUAGACUGAGUCCCUCGUCUGUGCAGCUGUAUACAGGAUAUUUUACUUUCUGUUCUGAAAAUGCAAUACAAUACUGGCACUUGUGAAGUUUGACUUUGAAACAGUAUUUUAUUAAUUAAUGUUGUCAGUAUACUGUCCUGAAAGUUACCAACAUUGUACCAAUAUUUGUACCAAUUUGUACCAAUAUUGUUGUCAGUCUCUCCCCCCCCCCCAAAAAAAAAUUUUUUCCUAAAGACUGGGUUGAAAGAGGCCAGCUCUGCCAGUUCUAGCAGAUAUAAUUAUGGAAAUAUGCUCGUAUAACCUUUCAGAUUCACCUUCUUUUGUGGAAAAGUGAAUUCUAAACAGCUAAUAAAAAUAGUUUCAGCUCUAAGUGCUAAAUAGCAGCAGCCCAGUGCAACACCACAGAUGAAGUAGCCCAUACACAGUAAACGGAUGUGGCGGAAUCUCAUCUACAAAGAGCCUACUCACUACUGAUGUCUUCCUUCAGACACCUACCCUACAAAACAAUCAGAGAGCAAUUUUGCCCAGGAGAGUGGUAGGCUCUACUUCACUGGGCAUCUUCAAGCAGAGACUUGGUAGCUAUCUAGUGGGGUUGAACUACCUCUGGAUUUCCUACAUUAUGACUGAAGUUGGAUAACCCCCUUAUUGCCUUUUAGGGCUCUUUAUGUUUAGAGAAAAAGUGGGUGGGGGAAACAUUGUAGGUUCAUAAAAUUAUGCAUGAUGUGAAGAAAGUGGCUAGAGCUUUCUCCCUCAUAAUAGUAGAACUUGGAGUCAUCCAGUGAAUUUGAUUAGCAGUAGACAUAGAAAAAGAUAAUUAAGUUUUGGAAUUCACUACCCCAGGAUGUGGCUAUAACCACUAGCUUAGAAGGCAUGAAAAGGGAACUAGACAAAUGCCUGGAGAUAUCAAUGGCUCUGGGGCAUGAUACUGUAUUCCUUACUCUGUUUUUUUUGCUAAGAUGUACAGUAGGAACUGUGAACCCAGAACCUAGUUUCAGAGGGCAGUUUGCUGCUGAAGACCAGUUGUUGCAGAAAAGGUCUACUGCUUUCAAGCUAUGCUCAUAACCAUCCAAAUGCCACUGUGGGAAGCAUGAAAGUGAGCUAGAUGUUCUUAUGUUCAUAAACUUAAAAGAAAUUGGUGCUACAUAAGCACACAUGCUAGAAUGGAAAGUAGGUUUUAUACAAGGUUGGUCAAGGAAGUAAGAAUUAGGCUUGUGUGUGUACCCUCGCAUUUGUGUUCUACUGCACAUGGCGCGUCUAUAUUCAUAAUCUGACACCAAAAGAAUCAAUUGUAUUACUUGUGAUACUUUUCAUACAAAGGAGAGAGACUGGCUUUACACCCCACAGUGUGAAGUCCUCUCAGAGCAGUGUAAUUAUAUCCUCCUGAGCAAAGAAAGCAGGGUUAGAAUCAUUGCUUUGGAGCCAUAGCCACAGGUUUAUGGUGGUUACAAUGCACGAGUUUGCAAUGCAAAGCUAUAAUAAAUUUGUUUCCUUAUGCAGAGGCACUAUGUGUUUAGGUAUCUUGAAGUGUGCAUUGAUGGCAAUCUGCAGAAAUGCAAUAUUUGUUAGUCUUAACCUGCACUACAGAACAAAGAUGAACCCUGAAGAUGUCACAAAAAUAGAAUGAGGGAGGAAAGUUUCUUGAUUUGUAGUAGAUAGAAUUGUAUAACAGUUGUAUAAUGGAUUCUUUGGCUUGGCACAGAAAUCAUAAGAAGCCACUCAGUGAAAAAGUCCCUAUAGUUUAUCUACUGGGUUGUGCGUAAUGGGAAAUGAAAUGAAAUAGAAUACAUUUGCCACAUUGCCACCCCCCUCUCCCCUUUUCCUCACGAAAACUGGAGGAGCGGGGUGUAUUACAACUACCAAUGUGAUCCUGGCUCUGCAAAUAAGUGUGGAUAAAUAUUUAUUGAUUGCAUUUCUACUGUACAGUUGUUUACAUGUUUGUAACAGGUAUGCGGUAUUGGGUAUGCUGGUUGUUGUUGAAAACCAGAUAAUGUAUAGAUAUUUUUUUUAAAGGCACUCAGACACACACAAAUACAUAUAAAUGUGUUUUUACUCUUACACUGCUAUGUUAGAAAUAAUCCCAGUCUUAAUUGGCUUGCACUCUGCCAUCAAAAUCUAGUAAUCUAGAAUCUAGUCCUCAUCAGAAUCUAGUAAAGGGAAGAAGUAAAUGCAAACAUUAUUAGCUGAGUGGUGCAAGCUUUUGUGUAAUACUGCAAUAAAGCACACUGGCACUUCAGAAACUCUCAUAAAGUUAUUCACUGCAAUCCCCCACAUGACCCAUCUGUUCAACAACGUCAUAAAAGGGGCCACCAUCCCUAAAACCUGGUCCUCCUCCAAGAUAGUCUCUAUUCCAAAGCUACUCAAGGAUAGCCAUAAGGUAGAACUAGACACUGGAAGGACCUAUCAGAAGUGAACAUAGACCACUGGUACCAAAAUGUAUGGGAAACCGCCCUACUAGAGAGGUUAGCCAACCAACUCUAGCACAGGGACAAACAAAGGACACCUUCACCCCAGUGUGGCUCCUCUUCUUCACAUACACAGCACAACAGGACAAUGACCUAUCCCUCCCUCCCAACAGCAUACAAAUCAAUAUGGUGGCUAACCUGACCCAACAACCUACACACACACACCCCACAGAUACAAACAAGCCACACUGCAAUCAACUGAACACAGCCAACCAAACUCGGGACCCCCUGACCUCUCACAUUAUCAAUAAAAAGAAAUAAAUACAUAAACAAAGGACCUAGCCAUGGGAUUCUGGUACAAACCCUCUACACUAAUAAUAGGCAAUAGACCGAAAGAACAAGACCUCAUCUCUCUUUCCCCCUUUCCCCCAAAUGCAAGAUGUCCAUGACAAAAAUGUCUCUCACUAAAUGUAAACGAACUGUGAAAAAGACUAGGAAUUGAAAGUGGAGACAAUAGAUGCACCUUUCCCUCUUUGUCUGUUCAUUUUGUAACACAAAAAACUUUAAUAAAAACUAAUUUUAAAAAUUUAUUCAGUAUAUUCAUUAGAUAUAUAUUUUGUGGGUAAACCAAGCUAGUGAAAAUGCAGUUCUCUCCUGGUGUUGUUUAGGAAUGUGUUCCUACAGGUAUACAAGCUAGUAUUAUACUGUACUUACUGCGUUGAAACAAUUAGAAGAAAAGAGAUAUUUCUUCAGUAUUGCAACUAUAUGUAAGAGGGUAUUACUUGAAGAAAGUACAGGCUAGAUUGGUUCAUAGACUGUUUCUGUGUAGCCUUGUACAAAUAGUAAACUUUUACCUGUGGGGCGGGCAGAGCAAAAUGAGCAAUUAUUCGUGUUAUCUUGAAAUCAACCUCUCUGCAGUCACCUGUGCUGACAUUUCCCUUCUGUUCUAUGCCACGUCCAUUUAAGAAUUCCUUUGCGAGUUGUGCUGCAAAGAGUCUGCACUUCUAAGAUUGUAAACUAAGCACAAGAUUCUAAUGAAAUAGGGAUAACUGGUAUCACUUUCCUCUUUAGAAGUCUGAACUUUAGGGACUUUGGGGUUAGAGUGGACUGCAAGAAACACCAGGUUCUAGUCACAAUAACAUGCUCUCUCUGUUUAGUGUUCAUGAAUUCCAUUUCAAAAGUAGAGAUUUGGGGGGGGGGGGGUUGUCUCAUGUAAGGUUUUCUGUGAAAAUAAGGGUAUGCUCACAACCCUGUUCUGCAGUGGUUGAAAAGUAUUUCAUCCUCUUAAGCUCCUGGAUAUGCUCAGGUACAAAUUCUGUAUCUUCUAUGGGGAAACAUAUUGGCUAAGAUGACUUCCUCUAUUCAGGUAUCUUUCCACAGUGAUUUUAACAAACAUGAUGUAAGAUUCAAGUGUUCAACAGAUUUCAAAUUCUAUUUCCUUUCAGUUAUGGAUGCAGUAACUUAAGAGUUUUGAUUUCAUAUUUAGUAAAUAGGUAGUGGGAUUUGAUCCUCUAGCAGUUGUGUUAAGGACCUGUUAACAGUUCAGAAUGAAGCAUUGAAUUUACAUGAAGUUCUGGAUGUGAGGAGAGAACCAGUUUUCUCAUUGCCAGGGUUGUAAUAAGCCCCAUAUACUAAAUAGCCACAUGAGGCAAUAUUGGAAGUAUAUGACACAACUUUCCUUCAGAGAGGUUGCCUUAUCUGAAGACCUUUCUCUAGCAAUUCUGAGUAACUUUUCUUUUAACUUUUUUUAAUAGAAAGCCCAAAAAGGAAGAACAACUCAGUGAAGAGGCUGCCAAGGUGAUUUCUAGCCUUCCUGACUUAUCUUUCAUGCAUGCCAAGGUGUUGAUGUUCCCAGCCACAUUAACACCUUCAACAAGUUGCCAAGGCAAGGUAGACUAAGGUGAAGUGAAUUGGACAUUUUCCAUUGAUUCUUGCCCUAGCCCCCCUUUCUGGGUCCUAUGAAGUGAUCUUGCUUCAAUUAAAAAUAAUUAAAGUUCAGAUGAUUUGUUGGUAAGCAGCACUAGAAAGGUAUACAUACUUAUGUAUAUUUAUUUACAUAUUGGAGUCCUAAAUUUAUAUUAGACAAAUGUAAAUAACUGGAGAGGAUUGAACCUUUUUUGAAGAUUUAUCCUUUUUUGUUGUGUUGGGGUGUAACCAUUUUGUCUUUGUGGAAUACACUGGUAGUGUCCUCCUUACAAAACUUUCUAAAUAAUUUUUAAAAAUUGAAAUUUCCAACUUUUGCUCUUCAUGAAAUUUCCCUUUGCCCCCCACCCCACCCAAUUUAAUAACUUACCCUUGAUGAAAAUCCUUUUACUGAAAGCUUUAAAGCUUACGGUCUUUCAGUAGUCUUCUUUUAAGCAGACUUCCCUUGUUUCCCUUAUUUUUCAUCUCAAGUGGCUUUUUUUCUUUUUUGCGGGGCGGGGGGAUGGGGCUGAGUGGUUGAUUUUUUUGAAUUUUUUUUUAGCCUUUUGACUUCUAACAGUGUGGAUUUAUCAUCAUUGCCUUUCAAGAGGUUUGCUGUCAAUUCUCUUUAGUUAAGUGAUCACUGCCUAAGCACUUGAUUCUCAAGAUCUAUGUGUUAAUCAAUUUGGUUUGGGAUGGAAGGACCAAAACUGUCUAAAUGUCUUACACUGAAAUAUACCUGUUACAUUUUUGUUGUUGUACCACUAUCCCUAUAUUUUGAUUUUGCACAGUGUAAAUUUGACAUAAUCAUAGAUUGCUAUGGUUUAGGCUGUAUGUACAGUAAAACUAUGGGUUGUAAAUGUUUGGGGAAAUUCCUAUGGAAAAAAGAGAGUGCUAUGUAGAACAACCUCUAACAAGGUUUAUGUGCAUGCCUGAGGUCUUUUUGAAAUUUCAGUGUAUAAAUUUCCUCUUAGCUUACACAAAAUAAAAAAUAAAGUUAUAUAGUCUGUUAA